AUGUCCAAGGAAGAGGAAGAAAAAACAGCGUUUCAUACCAAUGUGGGCAUCUUUUGUUACACCAAAAUGCCUUUUGGGUUACGAAACGCAGGAGCUACAUAUCAGAGGCUCAUGGACAAGGUGUUCGAAGCACAGAUUGGGCGAAAUUUGGAAGUCUACGUAGACGACCUUGUAAUUAAAAGAAGCGAAGAAAAGCAGAUGCUAGCGGAUAUCGAAGAAACUUUUCAGCGACUUAGGGAAUACAACAUAAAAUUAAACCCAAAGAAAUGCUCUUUCGGGGUGGAAGAAGGAAAGUUCCUGGGUGUAGUGGUCACCCGAGAUGGUUUUAAAGCUAACCCGGAAAAAGUAGCCGCCAUAGCGCGAAUGCCUUCCCCAAGAACGCUGAAGGAAGCUCAAGCCCUAAACGGACGAUUGGUAGCAAUCAACAGAUUCUUAGCAAGACACGCCGAAAAAUCAUUACCCUUCAUAAAAAUAUUAAAAGAUUGCCUCAACAAGAAAAAUUUCAAAUGGACCAGCGAAGCAGAACAGGCUUUGCAGGACAUGAAACAUUUCAUAGAAGGGUUACCCAUGCUGACAGCACCGAGGCCCAGUGAAAUUUUAAAGACGUAUCUAGCAGCAGCUCAUACGGCGGUAAGUGCUAUACUCAUGGUCGAGCGAGAUGGAAAGCAGACACCGAUAUAUUACAUAAGCCGGGUGUUAGCGGGGCCUGAAACGCGAUAUCCCACGCUGGAAAAGCUAGUUUUAGCACUAGUACACGCCACAAGGCGACUGAGAAGAUAUUUCCAGGCACAUCGCGUGCAAGUCCUAACCAAUUACCCGCUGCAACAAAUCUUACACAAGCCAGAGAUCUCUGGCAGGCUGGCCAAGUGGGCUAUUGAGUUAGGAGCCUUGGAUAUUGAAUAUCAUAAACGAACAGCAGUUAAGGGGCAAGUAAUUGCUGAUUUCUUCGCCGAAAUACCGGAAGGAGAAGCCAUUACGGACCCGGUCGUCCAGGACCUCCCAGAAUCCAGCACUGCCAGACAGACUUGGAAGCUAUACACCGACGGAUCAUCUAGCGGAAAGGGAUCUGGCGCAGGCUUAAUGUUAAUAAGUCCAGAUGAAAUCAGGCUGAUGUACGCCCUACGUUUCGAUUUCGCAUGUUCUAAUAAUGAAGCGGAGUACGAGGCACUAUUAGCAGGGUUGAGAAUGGCAAAAUCCAUGGGGGCGGCAAGGGUAGACGCAUACGUCGACUCGCUGCUGGUCAACAAUCAGGUGAACGAGACGUAUGAAGCCAAAGAUGAAUCAAUGGCAAAAUACUUGGCGAAAACAAAAGAACUCAUGAAUUCUUUCGACAAUGUCACGCUCAAUCAUGUACAUAGAGGAAAAAAUCAAAUAGCAGACGCUCUUAGCAAACUCGCCACCUCGGGUAUGGAAAAGGAAGUCAAAGUCGAAACGCUACAGAUGCCCUCAAUCGAAACACGGAAUGUUUCCGCCGUCACAAUGGAAGACCCUUGCUGGUAUACCCCGAUUCUACGUUACCUCGAAACGGGAGAAUUACCUCCCGCUAAGGGCGAAGCACAAAAGAUACAAACGAAAGCGUUACAAUAUGAAAUCAACGAUGGUGUCCUAUACCGAAAAUCUUACCUGGGCCCCUUGUUGCGAUGUGUUUCACCGACAGAGGCAAAGUACCUCAUUAGCGAGAUCCAUGCGGGUCUAUGCGGAAUACAUGCCGGACCUCGAGCAGUGGUAGCAAAAAUCCAUAGCGCGGGAUAUUACUGGCCUGGGAUGCACGAAGACGCUGUAAUGGAACUACGGAAAUGUCGCAGUUGCCCGAAAUUUGCUCCACAAACAAUAAGGCCCAAGAACAGCUUGGUGCCGGUGACAGCGGCAUGGCCUUUCCAGAAAUGGGCCGUGGAUAUCGUAGGUCCCUUCCCGCCGGCUCCCAGAAAGUUAAAAUACCUGAUUGUGGCGGUUGACUACUUCACCAAAUGGGUGGAAGCCAAACCUUUGGCCAAGAUAACGGCGGACAACGCCAAGAAAUUUCUCUGGGAACACGUAGUGUGUAGGUUCGGGUUACCACUCUACCUGGUGAGUGAUAAUAGAACACAGUUCACAGACAGAAUUUUCCAGGAGUGGUGCACUAAUCUCCAUAUCCAGCAGAUUUUCACAUCGGUAGCACACCCCCAAGGCAAUGGCCAGGUGGAGCGGACUAACAGAAGUUUGCUGGAUGGCAUCAAAAAACGACUGGGGCACGAGGGAAGCUCCUGGGUGGAAGAAUUGCCAAAUGUCCUCUGGGCACAUAGAACAAUGCCCAAAACCAGCAACAACGAAACCCCAUUCAGCCUAACCUAUGGAAUGGAAGCAAUGAUACCCGCUGAAGCGGGGUUACCGUCCUUACUGUAA